ACCGGCCACCAUGUGCAAGAAAACCAAAUUUUCUUCUUUCUGCAGAAAAAGAAAAAAAUCAUUGGCUUCUUUCUUCUAUAAAAAAUGAAUCUUGAACAGUGAAUCACCAUUUUUUAAUUUCAUAAAAAAAAAAAAAAAAAAACAAGAAAAUGCAAUCAAACUUCCCAAAAUCUCUCAUACCCACCUUUUCUUUAAUCCCAAAACACCAACACCAAGCUCUGUGUAAGAUUGUUUCAUGUGCCAACAAUUCUUCUUCUUCUCCUUCAUAUUCAUCAUCAUCAUCUUCAGAGAAUAAGCAUGGGUUUAAGCAGUUUCUGGGUCACUCUCUUGGUGAUAUUAAAUCCAGGAUAAAUGAUUUUGAUGGCAGUUCGGUGCAAGAUGCAUUAAACAUAUGGGUAUCAAAAACAUCAAACUUUAUAAAUGAAGUGGCUUCUCCGCUGGUCAAGAAUGUUCAUGAUAAAAAUCCCACAAUGGGAAAUGCAUAUGAGCUCACUGACAAUGAGGAGUUCUUCAUGACGGAGCAGACUAUUGAUGGCCGAACACCAGGUGGCGAUCUUUCAUUGGCUGCUAUUGUCUCCAUUGAGCAGUUUAGCAGGAUGAAUGGAUUGACCGGGAAGAAAAUGCAGAGAAUCUUUAAAGCACUUGUGCCUUCACACGUGUCUAAUGAUGCCCGUAAUUUGGUGGAAUAUUGCUGCUUUAGAUUCUUGUCUAGAGAUAGUUCGGAAAUUCAUCCUUCUCUUAAGGAGCCAGCAUUCCGAAGACUUGUGUUUGUAACAAUGCUUGCAUGGGAGCAUCCAUACACCAACGAAAAGGAAUCCCGUGGUACAAAUAGAGAGAAAGCUUCAUUUCAGGUUCAUUUUUCUAGGAAGCUUGUUGGAGAAGAGGCUUUUGUCCGCAUUGCCCCUGCCAUCUCGGGCCUAGCAGAUUGGCCAACGGUACAUAACCUUUUCAAAGCUCUUUCCGGUGGUCAGAAAACCAUCUCCUUCCAAGUAUGGUCCAAAUAUAUCGAUGAACUUCUCAAAGUGUAUGAAGGAAGGAAAUCAUACCAUGUAAAAGGGAUUCCUCAUAUUUCUGGAGAACGAAUCUUAUGCCUCGGAUCUAGCCGAAAAAGGCCCGUUCUUAAAUGGGAGAAUAACAUUGCAUGGCCCGGAAAACUUACCUUGACUGACAAAGCACUUUACUAUGAGGCAAUUGGACUUAAGGACAAAGGGGAUGUUAUUAGAAUGGAUCUUACGAAAACCAGUUCAUGGGUUGAGAAAACAAGGGUUGGACCGUUUGGUUCUAAUCUUUUCGACUCUGCUAUCUCUGUUACCUCCAGUCCAGAGUCUAAACCAUGGGUACUUGAAUUUGUGGAUUUCGGAGGCGAAAUGAGGCGAGACGUAUGGUAUGCUUUCAUCAAAGAAGUAAUUUCUUUGUACCAAUUCAUAAGAGAUUAUGGACCCGAAGAAGGUGAUCAAUCAGUAAAACAUAUUUACGGUGCGCACACGGGUUAUUCAAGAGCUGUAACUUACGCCAUUAACGGCAUUGCAAGACUCCAAGCUCUUCAAUUCAGUAAAAAACUCUUGGAGGAACCUACUAAACUUGUCCAAUUUUCAUAUUUACAAAACGCACCCUACGGAGAAAUGGUUUGCCAAACGCUAGCCGUAAAUUGUUGGGGUGGACAACUGAUCACAAGAUUUAAGGAAAUCGAGUUCGAUGAUGUGCGAUCGGAAGUUUAUAGCAGUCAUGUGUAUGAUAUUGACGGUGGGGUGUAUUUAAGAAAGUGGAUGCGACAUUCAUCAUGGAAUUCUAGCGUUUCUGAUGCUUUUUGGAAGAAUACUUCGGUGAAACAAGCUCUUGUUUUGAGUAAAAAUCUUGUUGUUUCUGAUAAAAUGUUGGUUGAAAAGGCGGCGGUUAUGUGUCGGCAAAAGUAUGCUGAGGUGGAGAAGACACAAGCCACAAUUGAUGCUGCUAUGAUUGAAGGGAUUCCUAGUAACAUUGACCUUUUUAAGGAGCUCGUGCUUCCACUGACGGUCAUUGCCAAAAACUUUGGAAAACUUCGACGUUGGGAAGAGCCUCACAUGACCGCAUCUUUUCUUGCAUUUGUAUAUGCACUCACCUACAGGAAUUUAUUGUCGUAUGUGUUCCCUGUGACAUUGAUGGUUUUGGCAACAAGCAUGUUGGUAUUAAAAGGACUCAAGGAGCAAGGCCGCCUCGGCAGAACCUUUGGCAAAGUUACCAUACGCGAUCAACCACCGUCCAACACAAUUGAGAAGAUCAUAGCUGUUAAAGAAGCCAUGCGUGAUGUGGAAAAAUAUAUGCAAAAUAUUAAUGUUUCGCUUCUAAAAGUCCGCACAAUUCUUCUUGCAGGCCAACCGCAGAUAACAACAGAAGUGGCUAUGGUGCUUUUGUUCGGUUCCGCUAUCCUCCUCACAGUACCGUUCAAAUAUGUUCUCUCUUUCCUGAUACUCGAUCUCUUUACACAAGAACUUAAGUUCAGGAAAGAAAUGGUGAUGAAGAUGAUAAGUUUCUUAAAAGCCCGUUGGGACACCGUGCCCGCCUCCACUGUUUCGGUUUUGCCAUUUGACUCUACUAAGACCGAUUCCGAGAGUGAAAAGAAGGAAACAAAAGACUCGACAAAAUUAGAAAGAACUCGGAACAAGUAAUUAGUCAAAAUCUUUAAUCAUGCUUGAAAAUAUUCUCUAUACUUUGCACAGAUGUUUAGCUCUUUAGGUAGCACAAUAUGGUAUAGUACUAUAGUUGACUCUUAUCAAGAUAUAAUACGCGUUUGAGUAACUAUUAGAAAUGAUAUUGCGAAAACAGCCCACACGUAA